AUGAUUGAUUAGAUUUCCAAGUAUACCAUGAAUAAACUACUAUUUACUAUCAAAUUCUAACAUUUGCUUCUUUAUUUAUUAUUGCUUUUGAAUUAAUCAUAGUCAACUUUGGUAGUUUAUAAAAAUUUCUAUGAAAGUAGUUCAUUAAUAGGUAAAAUAUUAAAAAUAUUAUAGAUCUUGAUGUUAUUUACAAUUAAGAUGUAUGCAAUGUUGAAGUUGCUUCUUGUGGUACCUAAUAAAUAUUAAAAGUAAAUUAUUGUUCUUCAUCAGAAUAUGAUUUAGUAAUUUAUUAAACAUUUGAACUCAAACCUCACUAUUAAGUAACAAUUUCUUUCAACUUCUGGAGGUAAUAAAUCCAUAAAAGUAUUAGAAUCGACUAAUGGGACAAUUAUUAAUUUUACUUGUAUGCUGAUCAUUAAAUUAUUUACGAAAACACAUAUUCAGAUACUACAAUUGCUACAAAUAUAUGUGGUAGUUCAGGUUAUUCAGAUGAAGUUAUCCCUAUCUCAAGAACUUUCGAGCAUUCUAGCACUACUAUUUUAUUAGUAAUGAUAGUACAAAAAGGAGUUUGGGGAAUUUCUGAAUUUAGUUUAUCUAUAGAAAAUUGUAUAGCAGGAUGCAAUUCUUGCGAUUAGACAGGUUGUUUUGACCAAAUUUUAUUCUUAUAACAAUUUGUUAGUAAGAAUAUUGGAUCAAUUAAUGCUAUUGAUGGAUGGUUAUCAAAUGGUGUUAUUGAAACAUUUGUAGGUAAUUGUUCAGGUAUUUUUAACUAUUAAAUUAGGAAUUAAAUGUUUAAGAGUAUUUUAACUUUAAUUGGAGAAAACGUAUUAACUAGAGAUCCACUCCAAGAUUAGCUUUUCAAUUCGAGUUUUUAUAUUAAAUAGUUAUGAAACGGAAAUUAAAAUUUUAAUAGAUGAUGUUAUUGUAUAUUAUACAUAAUAUUCUGGAGGGUGGAUAGAAGUUAAUUCUAUUUAUGAAUUUUGUUAUUUUUUGACUUAAAGAUAAAUAAAUAUUCGGUAAUACCCUCACAGUGGUUCUACAGUAAAAAUUACCAUAUUGACAACUUAAAAUAAAUAUCAUCAUGUAACUUAUCCUUGGAUGUGCAUUCGAGAUGUACAAUUAUUUUUAGGAUCUAAUUCUAAUUAAAAUUUAUGUGUUGAUAAUAAUAAUUUUGCAUUUGAUGGUUGUUUCUCUUUUAUUUAUGAUUGCGUUGAAGGUUGUAAUAACUGCAUUAAAGGUACUUGUAUAGAUUGUCUAAUUGGAUGGUAAUUCUAAGCAUUUGAUCAAAGUUGUAUUCCUAUUUGUGGAGAUUCUAUAAUAACUAGUUUUGAAGUAUGUGAUGAUGGAAAUUAGAUACCUUAUGAUGGUUGUUAUUAAUGUUAAUUUUCUUGUAUUUUGGAUUGUUUAUUAUGUGAAUUUGGAAAAUGUUUAGAAUGUAAUCCCUUUUUUGAACUAUCUUAUGAUAAAUAAGAAUGCUUAAGAAAAUGUGAUGAUAAUGCAAUUUCAAAAUAUUAUGGAUACUAUUAUGAUUUCAAAGAUCAAUGUUCAUACUGUUAAUUAGAGUGCCAAUUAUGUAUUAAUUCUUAAUGUUAUCUUUGUGAAUAUGGAUGGUAAUUGAAAGAUAACCAUUGCUAUUAAUUAUGUGGAGAUGGAUAAAUUGCAUAAUAUUCUAUAGAAUAAUGUGAUGAUGGUAAUAAUAUUUCUGAUGAUGGAUGCUUUUAAUGUCAGCUUGAAUGUUUUCCUUAUUGUUUAUUCUGUUUAGAUAUAUAUACUUGUCUGAUUUGUUAAGACAAUUUUUAAAUAGUAGAAUAAUUUUGUUUGCCAAUCUGUGGUGAUGGUAUUAUCAUUACUGAAUUAGAGGAUUGUGAUGAUGGUAAUAAUUAACCAUAUGAUGGUUGUUUUGAAUGUUAAUUCUAAUGUUCAUAUGGUUGCCUUGAUUGUGAGAAGGGAAAUAUUUGUAAGAAAUGUGAUAAUUAAUAUGUUUUGAAUUAAGAUACUGCUAUUUGCUAUGAAUAAGACAUAGAAGAAAUAUUGUAUGGAAAUUAAAGUGUUACAAAUAUAUCCUUAAUUACAGAAUGUAGUAGUUUUGAUACAAUGAUAGACAUCUAAUGUAAUUUUAUAUGUGGAGAUGGAAUUCUUAAUAAUUAAGAAGAAUGUGAUGAUAAUAAUUUAAAUAAUCUAGAUGGAUGCUCUAAUCGAUGUAAAAUAGAAAAUAAAUGGGGUUGUGUAUAGACAAUUUUUCAAAGUAAAUGUUUUCUCCUAACUUCGCUUUCUUUAUAAUUUAUUAAUCAAACUAAUUCUUAUUAAUAUGUAUAAUUAUAAUUUUCAAAUCUUAUAAAAUUGAACGAAUCGAUAUUUAAUUUAAUUCCUAGAAUUAAAGUUUAAAUUGAUAAUAUAUCUUUGGAAUAGUAUAAUUAUUCAAUUUAAGAUGUAAUUGCAGUAGAUUAAUUCGAAUUAAAGGAAGCUACUUAUUUAUUUACCAUUUAAUUUUACUAAUCAAUAAUUGAUCUACCGACAUUAAUAGUUUCUAUUGAUGCAUCAUUAGUAGAUGAGAAUAACUUCAAAGUUGACACAAGUUAAAAAAAAUUAAAACUUUAAGCUUCAAUUAUUUUAAAUAGUGAUUAAGCAGCUGCAGCCAUUAAAUUAUAUAACUUUGGCUUAUGGAUUAUUAUUGGAUUAGCUAUAAGCAGUCUACUAUUAAUUAUUUUUGGUGAAUUAUCUCAAUUCACAGAAAUAUUGGAUGUUCUUUAAUAUCAAUCUUUUUUAAGAUUUAUAAAUGUAAGAUAUCCUGAGAAUCUUAUUAUUUACUUUCAAUCUUCAGAAUUAAUAACAUUAUAGCCAAUAUUAAUAAAAUUGAAAAUUAACUCUUUAUUUGAAAAUUUAUUUGACUCUCAUUAUCUAGAGGGUCCAGGGAAACUUUAAGAAUAUCAAAUUAAUGCAGAUCUCUUGACCAAUUUAUAAGGAUAAUUUACAUAGCUUGCUUUAUUUUUAUUGCUUUAUUGUUUUCUUAAAUAUUUUAAAAGAUUCUUAUUUAACUAUUGGUUUACAAAUAAAUAUUUUUUAAGAGUUAAAUUAAUUAAAUCUACUUUCAUAAAUUGUGCUACUAUAAAAGGAUAUUUCAUGAGCAAAAAGGUGCUAGCUAUGCAAUCUUUAUAUAAAGUUUAAGGCAUGACUUAAAUAUUUUAUGCCAAUAGCUGGGAUUUGAGUUUCAAAGCAAUAUUAUUUUUAAUUUCAAUAAACUCAUUAACACUAAGAUCAACAAUUAGUUUAUUUUUAACUAUUUUGUAUUUCUUUAUUAUUUUGAUUAUUAUAAAUUAGAAUUUUAAUAACAGCAACUUCAAAUUGAUGUUAAAGGUUGGAAAAAUUAAAAGAUUAGAAAUUAUCAUAUUAAUCAAAAAGCUUUUAUUUUUAACAAUUUUAAUUGGAAUUUAAAACUAUCCAAUAUUUUAAUGCUUUCUGCUAGCAUUCAUUAAUUUUAGUUAUGUAUUGUUCAUCAUUAUUAUGAAAUUCAAAUCAAUAGAUAUUGAUCUAAUUACCAUUGUGUGGCUUGAAACACCUGUAAUGUUAUUUACAUUACUCAAUAUUGCAUAUAUUAAAGAAUUUAUUUAUUAUUUUUUACCAAAUUAACUUAUUAAUUAUGGCUUUUGUUAAAUUGGAAUUUUAAUUUUUGGAUUGCUAGGUCCUUUGUUCAAAUGUUUCAUUAAUUUUUAUCAAAAAGCUUAGCCCUUAUUGUCAAAAUGUAGAAUGGAAAAAGGUAAGUAAAUAAAUUAACCAAAAACUAUUUUCAUAGAUGUAAAUUAAUGA